UUUUUUUUUUUAAACCAAUGAGAGAAAAGAGACAAAUUUUAUUUUAGUUAUUAUUGAGUUCAAUGUCAAUGAAAUUUUUUUUAACAAGUCAUGAUUUAUUGGAGACACAAAAAAAAAGAAAAAAAGACUGCUUCCCAAAAAAAAAAAAAAUGUUUAUUUCGGUGUCUUUUAUUCAACUUUUUCUUUCUUUCUUUCUUUUAUAUAUAUCUUUUUAUUAUUCCCCUUCCCCCCUUCACCUUUUCAUAUAUGCAACAUUUGGACUACAUGAACAAGGACAACAAUAUUAUGAUGGAUAUCAAUACUUCUCAUUCAAUGGUAACCCCUGUAGUGGUUCAAAAUAGACCCAGCAUACUUGACUAUGAAACUGUAGACAAUAUGAUACUUGAUGAUACUUAUUUUGGAUCAGAAUCAAUCGAUUUACAAUCUACUUUUGGAUCCUUGACUCUUUUCCCUAAUAAUACAAGUCCCCAACAACAUCAACAACAAAAUACAACAUCAUCAGAUCAAUUUGAUCUCGUUCCCAAUUUAGUCACUCCUGCUCCUGUUGUCAAAAGUCAAGCAUCCUUAGUCAAAGAUGAAGAAUUAUGGUCUCCUCCUUCUACUUAUCAUGUACCUACAACUCCAUUACCCACAGGUGUCAUACAAUCUUGGCCUCCAAUCAAUACAAUUAUCAAGAAAUGAUGUUAUCCGACAUACCUUCUACAUCCAACAAUUCUUUUAUGCCACAAUACAAUUCUAUCAUACAAGACAAUAUCAAAACAUCAUCUCCAAUAUCUAAAAAAGCAAUUAGUACUCGUCGCUCUUUACCUCGUCG